GGUUAAAACCGGUUGGUUUUGGCUACAAAAGUUUUGGCGAGUCGUGAACUGUAUCGACGCGGUGUGGACGUACCUGCGAUAUCGGAAUGCACAAAUUUGUUUCUUUUAAAACAUAUUCUCCUGAAUGAUAUUUUUAUAAAAAGUAGCCUUAACAGAUACUUUAUUUUGACUGUGAUAUUGUAAUUUAACUUUAAUAUUGUUGAAUUGGGAAAUCGCAAAAUCAUGGCUGAAGAUUUCAGUCACGUGUCGCCGAAGAGCUACCACAUGGGCGACUACAACAAGACGGAGAAGAAGCUGCGCCUCCAGGAGUUGGAGCCGGUGAAGACGAAGAAGUCGCCGCGGCCGUUCCGGGACAACUUCCGGGAGUACAUGUCCAGUACUACCCUACAUGGAUUCCGAUAUAUCGCUGAUGGAGGCAUCACUUGGGUGGAAAGGAUAUGGUGGCUGAUAAUGGUGAUAUGCAGCAUCGUAGUGUGCGGUUACCUGAUCCUCCAGGUGUGGAACAAGUGGGAUGAGUCCCCGGUCAUCGUCAGUUUUGCUGACACUUCCAAUUCUGUCUGGCAUAUCCCGUUUCCAGCUGUUACGAUAUGCACAGAAACAAAACCAAGGAAGCGAGUGUUCAACUUCACUAGAGCUAACGCUGAAAGGUGGAGCAAACCGCCCACCAUUAGUCCUGAAGACCUGAAGACCUUCCAAGACAUGUUGCUGUUAUGUAACUACGCAUCAGACCCUGACAACGGUCCCAUAUUUGCUAAUAAGAGCUCUGUUGAAACUAUAUUGCGGUUAGCACCGACUAUGGAUGAUGUGUUCUUGGACUGCCUGUGGGACGACCUGACAUGCAGUCAGAUGUUCUACCACACCUUGACCAAGGAUGGUUUCUGUUACACCUUCAACAUGCUCUCUGCUGAGGAGAUGUUCCGGAUGGAAAACCUACACUCUGAAUAUUACCAUGUAGCGGGUCAUAACAAGAGUGCCUGGACUUUAGGGAAGGGAUAUCCACCAGGAGAAACCAUAAAGACGUAUCCGAGACGUGGCCCUAGUUAUGGAGGCGUGGAGUUUGAAGUAAUCCUGCUGACGGAUGUCCGGGACCAAGACCUUGAUUGUCGAGGACCUGUCCAAGGAUUCAAGAUCUGGCUGCACAGUCCAGCGGAGCUACCGAACAUGGGCCAGAACUUCUUCAGGUUGCCUAUUAAGUACCAGUCCGCCGCUGCGGUCACUCCGAGAGUCACUGACACCUCUGAGGGCCUGCGGCCUUACCCGCCUCAUAAACGCAAUUGCUUCUUCCCAGAAGAGCGAUAUCUUCGAUUCUUCCGCAUCUACACGCAGAGAAAUUGUGAACUGGAGUGCGCUUCCAACCACACCGCUUUCCGAUGCGACUGUGUGCCCUUGUACAUGCCUCAUGGACCAGAGACGAAAAUAUGUGGUGCUGGAAGCAGAAGUUGCGUCACUGCAGCUCUAGAGGAGCUGUCCCUGUCGAAGUCGUCUCUAGACCCGAAGGCCGCCCGGGAGACCACGAAGUGCGACUGUCUCCAAGCCUGCACUGAGCUGAAGUACGACGCGGAAGUGUCCCAGGCCGUCUACGACCUGACCAACUACCACAAGAACCCUAACCCGGACAUUGCCAACGAGUUGCGUCUGCCAUCGGGUCUCGUCGUAUACUUCGCUGAAGAACUGUUCACAUCGCUACGUCGCUCUGAGCUGUACGGCGGGGUCGACUUCGUCGCCAACUGCGGCGGCAUCAUGGGGCUCUUCAUGGGCUUCUCCUUCCUCAGUCUCGUAGAGAUUGUUUACUACUUCACCAUGAGGUUAUGGUGUCAAAUCCGGAGAUCAUCAAGAGUCGUAGCAGAAUAAUUUAAGUGAUAUUAAUAUUUAAGUAAUUUUUGUAAUACUUAAGUAACUACUAACAUUAUUUGUCUCAAUAGUGCCAUUAACUGAAUCUCAUAGUGCUACUAGAAUUCUAAAUGAUGAAUUAAUUAAGGAAAUAAAUAAAUAAAUACUAUAUUA